CCCUCCUGAACAGAACAGCAGCUCACGCCACAAUCGCCUGUUCAUCUCCUAGCGCUGGCUCCAAUGGGCAAUGGCGGCAUGGCGCCCGGGGCUGGGACUUGGGAGCUGUCAGAGGGUACAGGUUUUUAGGUGGGCCGCCGCGAGCAGCUGACGAGACAAAACAGGCAGCGCUCAGCCGCGUGGGCGGCUGAUGCCAGGCACAAAUGCACGACCACCUCGCCGCCCUCCUCCGCAGCGGCGGCGGCGGUGGCCGCCGCGCGCAAUCCGUUCAUGGCGCGGCCAUCAAGCUCGGAUGCAUUGCCUCCACCUUCCUCUGCAACAACAUCCUCCUUGCCUACCUCCGCCACCCCGUCCCCGUGGACGCCCGCAAGCUGUUCGACGAAAUGCCGCGCCGCAACGUCGUGUCCUGGUCCGUCCUCAUCUCCGGCUCCGCCCGCCUCGGAGCCCUCGCGGAGGCGUUUGCUCUGUUCUCCGACAUGCUCCGCGGUGCGGGGCGGGGAAACUGGGAGCGCCCGGACUCGUUCGUGCUCGGGGGCCUGGCCGCCGGGUGCGCCCACGCAAGAGACAUUUCCGCGGGCGCGCAGGUGCACGCCUGUGCGGUCAAGUUUGGCGUCGACGAGGACGAGAGCGUUGCGGCGGCAUUGGUGGACAUGUACGCCAAGUGCGGCUGGGUGGACUUGUCAUGGCGGGCAUUCACGUUGGCGCCGCAGCGAAGUGUAGUGAGCUGGACGAGCAUGAUUGCCUGUCUGGUCAACCAAGGUUCGUAUGGUUACCAUGAUACUGCGCUUGUGCUGUUCAAGAAAAUGCUGGUACUGAAGGUUUGGCCUACCAAUGCGACGUUUUCUUGCAUCCUCAAGGUGUUUGAUGUGCCUGAGUUGCUACCUGUUGGAAUGCAAGUUCAUGGCUGCUUGCUGAAGAUGGGGACCGAAGUAGACACUGCUUUAGGGAGCGCCCUGAUGACAAUGUAUGGCAGAUGUGGCGGAGUUGAUGAGAUAGCUAGGUUGGCUUCUCGUAUAAGGCAUGAUUCAUUUUCAAGGACUUCCCUGCUUGGAGCGUAUGCACGGAAUGGAUACAAUGUGGAGGCCGUUGGGGUUUUCAGGGAGAUGAUAGUGGAAAAUAUGACAAUCGACCAGUCUGCUAUGACUAGUUUGCUGCAGGUCUGUUCAUCCAUUGGACACCUGAGAAUGGCUAGGGAGGUACAUUGUUAUGCUUUAAAAACUUUCUUCAUGUUGGAUACUGUACUGCUGAAUGCUACCAUCACUGUUUAUAGCAGAUGUGGUGAUAUCACUGCUGCUGAAACGGUAUUUAAUCUAAUGGGAAAAAAGGACAUCAUAUCAUGGACAGCAUUGUUAACCUGCUAUGCUCAAAACGGUCUUGCUCAAGAGGUACUCGUGUUCUUUAGGGAGAUGCUUCGGAGAGGGUUAGGAUCUCCAGUAUUUUGCAUCACUGGUGUGCUACGAGCCUGUUCUACCACCUCAAAUCUUGCUGCUGGGUUGCAAAUCCAUUCAAGGGCUCUGAAGCUAGGUAUCGAUGAUGAUACUUCUGUGGAGAAUGCACUUGUCACCCUGUAUGCCAGUUGUGGAAGUGUUCAGAUUGCAUGGAAGAUAUUUAACUCAAUGAGCAAUAGAGGCAUCAUCUCGUGGAAUUCACUACUCACAAGUUUUUCACAGCAUGGCAAUGAGGUUGCAGCCAUUCAGCUAUUUGAUAUGAUGCAAGAAGCGGGGGUCUGCCCUGACGAUUUCACUUUUGCUGGCCUGCUGUCAUCUUGCAGCCGGAUGGGCCAUGUAUCACAGGGUUGUGUGUACUUCAAACAAAUGAAGGAAAAAUACAACAUGGAGCCCAAGAUGGUGCAUUAUACCUGCAUGGUUGAUCUAUUUGCUCGUGCUGGAAGAUUCUCUGAUGCAAUGGACUUCAUUGAUGCCAUGCCUUGUGAACCAGACCAAAUAGUGUGGGAAGCUUUGUUAGCUUCAUGUAAGGUUCAUGGUAAUGUGGAGUUAGGAAGAAUAGCAGCUAGGAAGAUUCUAGAAAUUAGACCAGAGGAUCCUUCACCGUACAUUAUAUUGUCAAGCAUUCAUGCUUCGGUUGACAUGUGGGAUGAGAAAGCCUGGAACCGCAGUGUGUUUGAUACCCAGCGAGCAAGAAAGAAUGUUGGUCGUAGUUGGAUUGGUGCACAAGAAUUAUCAGAGAAUAUUUUUGAUGCGUUACAAGUUGGAGUAACAUAAGAUGUGGAAGAUUGUUGAUAGUGCUUUUCUUCUGAAACACUACAGGGAGUUUACUUGCCAUAGUCGCAGUGAAGCAUAGUGGACUCAAUCAUAAGAAAUCAACUAACUGAACAAAGAUAUCCAUGAGUGCAAGCAAAGCAUGGUGCCAAUGUUUUGCAUCCUAGACUCCUAGAGAACUGACUAUGUCGUAUCAUCACUGAGAAAAAAAACGAUAUAGUCCUGGUGCAAAAGGCUUUUUUAUCCUUUCUCUGGUGUACAGGACACAGUUGUUUUUCUCGAACACAGCAGGAGAGCUGCGUAUCAAUAUAUUAAGGAUACAGGACACAGUUGUAAACUUUCAGCGUAUCAUGAUUGAAGGUGUGGCAUUUUACGAUGCUGCCAAUGUUGUAAACUGCACCUAGGGUGCUCCAAGCGUGGAAAAUAUAGUGAUACUUUUUUCUUUAUUGUCAGCCAACAUUUUCGAUGAUGUUGAAAACACAGAGAUGCAUAUUCUUGCGUGAAAGCAGACAAAUGCUAUAUGGACGGCGAGGCUUCAAAACCUUCGAUGGGAGGAUACAGCAUCAGGACAAAGAAAGAGAAAUGAGCAGAAACCUUGUCGAAUUUCUUUAGGAUCUUCACAAAGGCAAUCAUGUUCAAGCUCCUGCAACAAGCGUGCUAUCCUUGUCAAUAUCCACAUGACAAAUAGUUGAACUAUAAGCCAUAUUGCGAAGUGAGCUAUGGGUACUGGUAAAGCACCCCUGAUCUCCUCUGCCUGGUGCACCUUCCUCUCAACUUCUCAUUGCCAUUGCUACCAUGCGUGCCAGUCCUGUUUGAUUGGCUCUAACAGCAGUUCGCGUAUGGCACAUGGCUUGACAAGUCUCCCUGAUUCACCAAGACCUUGAGGGAUGGAGAGCUGGUCCUCAAGUCCUAAAUCAGUGCUUUGGUCAGUUUUUCUUCGCCAUCGUCUUCUUGCUCCACAAUCCGCCUUAGAGAUUGGUCUCCUGUAAUUUUUGACCUGAUAUGUCGGGCAGGGUUAACGUAUUGUUCGCAAAGUGUAUUGCCCGAACUAAAUAAAAUCGGAGUUGGCACAAUGUCCUCACUAAA